GGAAAGCGGGGACAGAGGACCGUGGGAGGGACGAACACAUUGGAUUGGAUCUGACGGAGCAAGUGACAAUGUAGUGGAGUCUGGCUUUCGCGUCGGAGUUGGAAAAUAUUGCAUCAAAUUAUACAAACUUUAAUAUAUUUUUAUAUUUCACAUAUAUUUGUGAUGAGUAGGUUAUGUGUUUACUGGACAUAAGAGGAGUACUAAGAUUCGCUUUUUGUGGGAGACUGACUCAAUUACUUUCCUUGAGUUAUUGGAAGGCUACGAUUACUUUUGCUUGGACCUUGGAAGGCUCUCUGAAAACUGCCACCUUGACAUGUAUUCCCGUUUUCUAACAUGCAACAACAACACUGUAUAAGGUUCUGGCCUGCUGGUUCAUGCGGCUCCAUUCCAGCCUUCUCUGUGCUCUGACCACAGCACCCGUCGGGGCCCUCAAGCACAUAAAUGGUAGCUCCACACAACUCCAACCCCUGACACAUUCUGUACAAUAAAACAUUUAGUAAAUAAAGACCGAAAGAAAGUUGAACAGAAAAUUUAAGCAGCAAAAGAGAUUUUCCGUCUCUCAGGCUUCCUUUGACUUGGCAUCCGUAACCGGACUGGGAGUUGAGACCGCUGAUUUGAGGCUGUGAGUGUCCUCCCCUCUACUGCUUCACAUUCCCUCACCUGUCAGCUGUGUGUGUUUCUGUGAAGACAGUAACUCUGAGGUAGGUUGAUGCGGCUGUGCCUUAGCAUGGCGCUGUGAGGAAGCCGCUGCCUGGACUCUGGACGGACGCUAGUGAAGCGCUUACACACCUUGGACCAUCAUGGGGAAGGAGCAGGACCUACUGCAGGCUGUCAAGACCGGAGACCUGCCCUCCACUCAGAAACUACUGGCCAAGCUCAAAGCCAGCCGAAACAAGUUGUUGGGCUCCACGAAGAGACUGAACGUCAACUACCAGGAUGGAGAUGGGUUCUCAGCUCUCCACCAUGCUGCUCUGACCGGAACUACAGACCUGCUGUCUGUGCUGCUGGAGGCCCAGGCCACCGUUGACAUCAAGGACAGGAACGGUAUGCGUCCACUCCACUAUGCAGCAUGGCAGGGCAAGGCUGACUCUGUCCUUAUGCUGCUGCGGGCCGGAGCUGGAGUCAAUGGGGUCUCACAGGAUGGACACAUCCCCCUGCACCUGGCCGCACAGUACGGACACUAUGACGUGUCUGAGAUGCUGCUGCAGCAUCAGUCCAACCCCUGUCUGAUCAACAAAACCAAGAAGACCCCCCUAGACCUGGCCUGUGAGUUCGGUAGAGUCAAGGUUGCUCAGCUGUUGUUGAGCAGUAACAUGGUGGUGGCUCUGUUAGAGGGUAAUAGUAAGGAACCUGCAGACUCAGGCUUUAACACUCCGCUGCAUCUCGCCGCACGCAACGGACACAAGGACAUCAUCCGGUUGCUGCUGAAAGCGGGCAUCGACAUCAACAGGGCCACUAAGGCUGGCACUGCCCUGCACGAGGCUGCCCUCUACGGCAAGACGGAGGUGGUCAGACAGCUGCUAGAGGCUGGUAUAGACGUGAACAUCCGUAACACGUACAACCAGACAGCCCUGGACAUGGUGAACCAGUUCACCACCUCCCACGCCAGCAAGGACAUUAAGCAGCUCCUACGAGAUGCUACAGGUGUCCUGCAGGUGAGAGCUCUGAAAGACUACUGGAACAUCCACGACCCCACUGCUCUCAACAUCCAGGCCGGGGAUGUCAUCAUGGUCCUAGAGCAGCACAUGGACGGGCGCUGGAAGGGGCAUAUCCACGACAGCCAGAGGGGCACCGACCGGGUUGGCUACUUCCCCCCGAACAUUGUGGAGGUCAUCAGCAGACGCUCAGGGGGCACCCUGUCCCGGCACGCCUCUCUGCCCACCCAGCGCCACCAGCUCCUCUCCAGAGCCCCCCUCUCCUCCAGCCUGAGCUCAGCCCCCCAGACCGACGACUCCUACACAAUGUACACCCCCAACAAUCCCCACAUGGCCCUCCCCCACGCCAUCGGCCUCAGCGCCAACCCAGGUCGGCCUCCCAGCAGCCUCUCUCAGCCUGGUUGUCCCCUGGAGGACAUCUGGGUGCUCAGGAACUCACACACCGCGGCAGGUGACAGGAACAGUGUAGGGAGUACGGGCAGUGUGGGCAGCACCCGUAGUGCUGGGAGUGGACAGAGCACAGAGAGUAACACUGCUGUCAACGGACAACACCACCAGACCACCGCACUCCCAGACACAGCCAAACCAGCUCCCUCUGCUGGUGACUCAGGGCAACCAGUCCCCAAUAAACAGCCUGACCUGACUGCAGUGGUUCUGGGUGCUCCUCGGAGGCCGAUGGUGAACAUACAGAGACCAGGGGAACAGCAGUUUGUCUCCCCACAGUUUGUACGUCCUCAGCAGCUACUGGAGGGCAAGGAUGCAGAGGCCAUCUACCAGUGGCUGAGUGACUUCCAGUUGGAGCAGUACACUGGGAACUUCAUCACGGCCGGCUACGACGUCCCCACCAUCAGCAGGAUGACCCCAGAGGACCUGACGGCUAUCGGCGUCACCAAGCCAGGCCACCGCAAGAAGAUCUCAAUCGAGAUAGGAAACCUCAGCAUCCCUGAGUGGCUGCCUGAAUACAUCCCGGCAGACCUGGGGGAGUGGCUGAGUACCAUAGGCCUGCCUCAGUACCAAAGGAAGCUGUCAGAGAACGGCUAUGACUCCAUCAGCAUCGUACGGGACCUGACCUGGGAGGACCUGCAGGAGAUAGGCAUCACCAAGCUGGGCCACCAGAAGAAGAUGAUGCUGGCCGUGAAGAAGCUGUGUGACAUCCAGAGGGCCAUCCUGGCUGCAGAAUCUGGCCAGGGCACGUUGCGCCGCAAGCCCCCUGGAGCCCUUCACCUGGUCACCAUUGAGCCCCCUGACAGCUCCUCCGACUGCCCCUCGCCCCACACCCCCAAGAUGCUGACCUUCCAGGACAGCGAGCUGAGCGCUGAGCUGCAGACAGCCAUGUCCAGCCACUACCAGGAGGGCCCGGCCAUCAAGAGUGUCGUGGGCAUGUCUCGGAGCCAAGAGAGCAUCGACGCCCGGUCCAGGGGCUCAGGGCGCUCCCAGGACCCCCCCACGGCCUCCAUCACUCCCCACAGCCGCUCACAGGAGAGCCUAGGGGGCAGCAGUACCUCCACCAGCCUCAGUGCUGACAGCAGCCCUGCCAAGGAGAGGAACAUUCCAGAAGGCUGGGACCAGAGGUCCAUACUACAGCAGCAGCAGCUUCCCAAGCAGGUCCCCCUGGGGGCAGCCACCGUGUUCCAGUACCCAGCCAUCCCAGCCAAGCCUAAAGGCCCUGGGUCUCACUCCCUAGGCUCCUCUCCCCAGGGCUCCCCGGCCCAGAGGGGCUUCAGCUACCUCCACUCCCACUGUGGCAGCACCGACGUGGGCCACGGCUCGCCCACCAAGCCCUUGGCACACACCUACCAUGCCAUGACCCUGGCCCUGCCUAAGAAGCGCAGCCAGAGCCUGACACGCUAUGCCCUAUCAGAUGGCGAACCAGACGAAGAGGAUGACGACCUGGCUCCACCCUCUAGCACCCUAGAGUCCUACGCCACCCUGACCCGCCGGCCCGGACGCAGCCAGCUGGCAGGCAUGCAGAUCCCACCCGUAAAGUACGGCACUGUGGGACGUAGCCAGUCCUUUGCUGUGCGCGCUCGUAAAAAGGGUCCCCCUCCAGCCCCACCCAAGAGACUGAGCUCGGUGAGCAGUAGCCUCAGCGCUGGGUCCACUGAGAAUAUGGCGCCCUCUCCUGGGGGGGUGGAGACUGACAGUCCAGGGAGAGUGAGGAGCAUCGCAGCCUGUCUGGAGGCCUCCACUGAGGGGAAGAGCCUGUCCAGGCCCAGGCUGGACCUCCUCCAACCAGAGCCUCCCCUCCCCAGCCUCAACCCCUCAGGACUGGAGCCCAGAGAGGCCUCUGCGGGGAUGAGGAGGAGGGUGCAGAGCGAAUGUGCUCCAGCCCAAACCGACAUCCCAGACCAUUACCCAGACCCAGAGCGAGGGGUGAAGUCAGACUCUGAGGAGGAGGAACCUAAGGCACCGGGUUUGGAUGGCUCCUCAUCCCCUCACAAUAGCUCUAGCGAGUGUAUCCCCUUCGCCGAGGAGGGCAACCUCACCAUCAAGCAGAGGCCCAAGGUGGGAGGGCCGCCCAGGGCCGAGAGCACUGUGGAGAUCCCGACAGACAAGAACCGGCCUACCAAGACAGCCCUGGAGGUGCCUGAGUUUAACCUGAAGGAGUCAGACACUGUGAAGCGGAGAUACAAGCCUAAAGACCAUGCUGGCAGCUCUCCCACCAGUGACAGUGAGGGCCAGAUAGGGUCAGACUCCAGUCCAGGCAGCAGGCUCCAGUCCCAGAGCUGUGAGGAGGUGAGUCUGGUCAGUCUGAGGAUCAGUGAGGCCAGUCUGGAGGGGCUGGAGAACCUAGCAGUGACAGGCACACCCCUCAAACCCCCAGUCUCCCCCAAGCCUCACAGCUCCCACGGACCCCCCGUCACAGCCCCAAAACCAUCCCGACACAGUCUGGCUGCUGCUACAGCCAUAGUGCCGCCCACUAUGACUGUCAACGUGGUACAAAGUCUUGCCUUCUCAGCCCCACCAUCACCCACACCCAACCGGUGUCCCCCAGCCCCAGGGCUUCAGUGCCAGGCAGCCCAGACAGGCAAGCCCCAGGUCUGUGUGGUCGGCCCAGGCCCAGGGGUAGAGUCUGGCCCGGGGUUAGAGGUGGUGCAGCAGCAGAGGCUGGAGCAGACCAGCACCUCUCUGGAGGCAGCACUGCAGGCUGUGGAGAGAAAACUCACCCAGGAGGACAGUACUGACGGUGGGUCUAACACAGUGAAGUCAGCGGGCAACAUUCUGGAUGACAUUGGCAACAUGUUUGAUGACCUUGCUGACCAGCUAGAUGCCAUGCUGGACUAAGCCCUCUAUCCACUCCACUGAACAGCCCACUGACCCUUCACCUCAGGAAGUACUAAUGACCAUGAGAGGGAGAAUGGAGCAGGUCAACCCACCUGGAGCAGGUCAACCCAGUGUUAUCUCCGACCCCGACGCCCUUCAAACUACAGACCAACCCCCACCACCAGACUAACAGAAAACAUAUGGGACUACAUUGUAGGAUGUGCCAUGGAGUGGGAGGCUUUUAAUGAACAGUGUGGAUCCAUCCUCCCUUCCUCCAUGUUGCCACUUCCUCUCCUUUCAACACCAGCACUUAACUCUGCUCGACAGUGCUUUGCCAUCAGUCACAAGAACCCUGUUGGUUUCAACACAGGGCCUGACAACAACCCUGUUGGUUUCAAAACAGGGCCUGACAACAACCCUGUUGGUUUCAACACAGGGCCUGACAACAACCCUGUUGGUUUCAACACAGGGCCUGACAACAACCCUGUUGGUUUCAACACAGGGCCUGACAACAACCCUGUUGGUUUCCACACAGGGCCUGACUGACUGUAGAUACAUGAGGGAUGGACAACAUACUGUACCAGUACACUGUUGGUUUCAACACAGGGCCUGACUGACUGUAGAUACAUGAGGGAUGGACAACAACCCCGUUGGUUUCAACACAGGGCCUGACUGACUGUAGAUACAUGAGGGAUGGACAACAUACUGUACCAGUACACUGUUGGUUUCCACACAGGGCCUGACUGACUGUAGAUACAUGAGGGAUGGACAACAUACUGUACCAGUACACUGUUGGUUUCAACACAGGGCCUGACUGACUGUAGAUACAUGAGGGAUGGACAACAUACUGUACCAGUACACUGUUGGUUUCAACACAGGGCCUGACUGACUGUAGAUACAUGAGGGAUGGACAACAACCCCGUUGGUUUCAACACAGGGCCUGACUGACUGUAGAUACAUGAGGGAUGGACAACAUACUGUACAUGCAGUACAUACAGUACAUGUUGUAUUGGGUUGUUUCAUACAAACGAGUUCAACUGUGUUGUCCUUUUUAUUCUACCCAACAUCCUCCAUUUCUUCGUCAUGUUGGUGUGCCUUUCUUCCCCUUCUUUCUCACAGUCUCCACCUCUGUGUAAAGUCAUUGUUUGGCCGUAGAGGAAGAGAGAGAGACAAUGGGGAGAAGUGUUUUUAUCCUGGCCUAUAGAGGAACCAUUCCUAGACAGAAUAUUACCAUACAAUACCAUUUGUAUUAGACACUGUAUCAGUCAUUUGACCUUUGUGUUUCACCAUGUCUGACCAUUUCAAUUGGACCUUGUUGAUAUUUUCAAUACUCUUGUAUUUGAUCCAUUUUCUACCAAGUUGACCACAAUGAAAGUGUUUGUCUUCCUCAAGGCAAGGUGCCAGUACGUUUGUGCUGUUAAAGUCUUUAGUAAUCAUUCUUUAGUAAUACAGAAUGACUAGAUGCUAUAUAGUUUCUGGCUUUAUGUAAAACAUUUGGAAGUGCUGGAUGAUAUUGUUUAUACAAAAGGGAAGAAGACCUUUGCUUUUCAAAGCAUAUUUAGCUAUCGUCACUGUCCACACUGUCAGUAUAAGGAGUUAUGUGAUUUGUACAGCCGAGGGAUGACAUGCAAGAUAUUAAUAAUGUACACUAUUUUUUAAAGAAAAGAAAAACAUUUUAACGUAGAUUAGUCCAACUAGUAUUUAAAUUAGAGUAUCUAAAUAUGUAUAUUAUAUACUUAUAGGUAUAUCUGGGAGCAGAAUCAUAUUCAACCAAAGUUCUUUGUACAGAUUUUCCUUCAAUAUUUUCAAUAUUUCCAUAAAAUGCAGAACCAUUGUUAAGGGGUUCCAGUCUUCCUUAUUGUAACAUGAAUGAAAUUAUCUACAUGGUUAUCAAAAAUGGUCUGUUUUUUCCCCUGUCCACCCAGCAUUAUAUGGCUAUGUUCCAUAUUUGGGCAUGCUACAGUACUUCUAGCAGGGGGAAUGAACUCUUCUAUGAUGCGUUUCUGUCUUCCUCAUGAACUUUUAAAUCAUUAACCCUGACUUGUAUGAUUGUGUAGUGUAAAUGUGUGUCGUUUCAGUGUGAAUGUGAUCCCUGGCUGUAACCUGGGUUUCAUCUCUGUCCUUCUCAGGAAUGUCCCACCUAUUCAGUUCAAGCUGCUGUCACAUUAAACACGCACACCUGGCUUUGUGUUAUAGAAGGAGGAACAGUGGUUUUGAACAGGUGAGGUGAAAGAGCCUUGCGUGAAUGUGAAAGAGGUCUGUGUGUCUCAGACGGAACUGAGACCUGCUAGAGACACCUUAUUUAAGAUGGCUCUGUGGAUAUAUAUUAUACUGUCUUGAGUUAUCAACAUCUGUCCUUUUUCAUCCAGCUGGAUCUUCAUCUGGUUACAGUUAACCAUUAAAUAUUCAAGUCUGA